AUGAAUAAUAAUAAUAACAAUAAAUAUAAUAAUGAUAUUCAUAACAGUAUUAACAAAAAUGGAAGUACAAACAUAAAUAACAAUAUGAAUAUGCCCAAUAAUAUCAUGAGUAAUAUUGCAAAUAAUCGAGGUAGUAUACAAAGCAAUAUUAAUAAUAUACCGAGACCUAUGAAUAAUAUUAAUAAUGUACAUAGUAAUAUAAAUAUACCAAGCAGUAGAAAUAUAUCAAGUAAUAUAAAUAUGGCAAAUAGUAGAAGUGUAUCAAGUAAUAUGAAUAUGACAAAUAAUGUGGGUAUUAAUAAUAAUAUGAAUAUUACUAAUAAUGUUAAUAGGACAAGUAGUAUAAAUGUUCCAAAUAAUAUGGGCAGAACAAGUAACAUUAAUUUAUCAAAUAAUAUGAGUAGAACAAAUAACCUGAAUAUGAACAAUAAUAUAAAUAGUGCUAAUAAUAUGAAUAUGCCAAAAAAUAUGAAUGCAUCAAAUAAUAAUAUGAAUAUAUCAAGUAAUGUGAACAGAACAAGUAAUAUGAAUAUUCCAAAUAAUAUGAAUAUAUCAAAUAAUAUGAAUAUAUCAAGUAAUGUGAACAGAACAAGUAAUAUGAAUAUUCCAAAUAAUAUGAAUAUGCCAAAUAAUAUGAAUAUUCCAAAUAAUAUGAAUAUGCCAAAUAAUAUGAAUAUUCCAAAUAAUAUGAAUAUGCCAAAUAAUAUGAAUAUUCCAAAUAAUAUAAAUAUGCCAAAUAAUAUAAAUAUGUCAAAUAAUAUAAAUAUAACAAAAAAUAGAAGUAAUAGCAUAUUAAAUAAUAAUGUAAAUAAUAUUCCAAACAAUAUAAGUAGCAUAUCUGCAAAUAUUAAACCACGAAAUAUGUCAAGUAAUAUUAAACAUAAUUUAAACAAUUUUAAUAAUAAUAUGGUCAAAGAUAUUAAUGUAAAGAGCUCAAUAAAAAUGAGUAAUGAUCUAAGUAAUAGUAAUAUACAUAAAAAUAGUAUAAUAAACAACAACAAUAAUAAUAAUAAUAAUAAUAAUAUUAGUAAUAAUAGCGCAAGAGAGAGUGUUAUGAGUAAUAUUAACUAUAAUUAUAAUAAUAUAAAUUAUAAUAAUAUUAUGAAAAAUAAUAUAGACAUUAACAAAAAAUUAAAUAAUGACAAGAACAGUAAUAUAGAUAAUGCUGAAAAAAUAAAUAAAAAGAUAAGUAACAAAAUGAUUAUCAAAAAUAGUAUGAACAAAAAUAGUUUUAUGAAUACAGAUCAGAACAAUGUCAAUAUGUAUUAUAUGAAUGAUAUGAAAAAUACAGAGAAUAAUAUAUACCUAACAAACAGUAAUAAUAAUACUAUGAACAAAGUGAAUAAUAUAAAAGACAAUUCUAAUACUUUACAACAAUUUAAGGAAAAUGAAUACAUGGAAAACAUGUAUAAGAGAGAAAAAAUUAUAAAUGAUAAAGAAAAUGUGUAUAUGCCAAAUAAAGGACAAAGUAAUAUUAAUCAAAGAAAUAAUACUAGUGUUAUAAAUAAUAAACAUAAUAUAAAUAAUAUGAGAAAUAUGAAUAAUACGAAUAAUGUGAAUAAUAUAUCUAGUAUGAAUAGUACGAACAAUGUGAAUAAAAUGUCUAAUAUGAAUAAUAUGAAUAAUUUGAAUAAUGUAUCUAAUAUGAAUAAUAUGAAUAAUAUGAAUAGUAUAAAUAAUAUGAAUAGUAUAAAUAAUAUGAAUAGUAUAAAUAAUAUGAAUAGUAUAAAUAAUAUGAAUAAUAUGAAAAAUAUGAAUAGUAUAAAUAAUAUGAAUAGUAUAAAUAAUAUGAAUAGUAUAAAUAAUAUGAAUAAUGGGAUUAAUGUAAAUAAUUCCAAUGUUAAUAAUUCCUAUCAAGUAGAUAAGACUGUGUUUAAAACUAUAAAUUUAAAUAAUAUAAACAAUAAAAAUAGAAACCAAAUAUAUAAAUUCAAUAAUAAUGAUAGCAAUAAUUUCAUUAUGGAUAAUAAUAUAAAUUCAAAAUCGAAUGAAUUAUAUUACAACAACAAUAAUAAUAAUAUGAAUAAUAAUAAUAUGAAUAAUAAUAAUAAUAAUAUAAAUAAUAUGAAUAAAAAUAUCAAUUUAUUAUAUAACGAAGACGGAAAUUAUAAAUCACAUAAUAACAAUAGUGGAGAUAAUGAUAUAAAUAAUAAUAAACAAUUAUUUAUGAAACCCUUUCACAACAAUAUAGAAAACAGUAAUGACUUUAAAAGUAACAAUGAAGAAAUUAAUAUAAGAUAUAAUAGUAAUAUGCUUGGUAUUAAUAAUGCUAACAAUAAUGUAAUGCUGAAAGCACCUGCAAACAUGAAAUCCACAAUGCAUAAAGUGGGAGUCAAAAAACAAAAGCUCAAAAAUAAUGAUACAACGACAAAUAAUAAUAUUAAUAAUAAUUUAACAAAUAUCGAAAAUACAGAUAAUAUGUAUCAACUACAAUUAAAUAAAGAAAAACUAAAUAUGAACAGUACUUUUAAUUUUAUGAAUGAAAUGGAUAUUUUUAAUGAUCCUUCUCAAAACGAAAAUAAACAAUCAGAUUAUACAUCUGUAAGAAAGUAUAGCACAAAUAAUAAGAUAGCAAAAAAUAACGAUCAGCCAAAUUCUAAACAACCUAGAGGAAGUAAAAUUGAAAAAAUAGAUAAAAUGAAUAAGACCAAUUUAGAAAUAAAUAAUAAUAUGGGUAAUGCAAUGUCUGUUAAUAAUGAUAUGCUAUAUGAAGAAAUAAAAAAAAAUAAUACAACUUCAUUUGAUAAUGGAAUAAGUAAUAAUCGCAUACCUUUCUUUAAUGGAACUAUUCCUUUAGAUAAGAAUAGUAGUCUACAUAAUAAUAUGAAAAUAAACAUUAAUAAAAAUUCAAAUAUAUCUAAUAGUUUUGAUAAUUCAUUGGAUACGGAUUUACAAGAUGAUUUUGAAAAACUCAAGGCACGCAUUGAACAAGAAUUUGAAGAGAAAAAAAAGAAAAAAAAGAAAAAACGAGAAAAGAAAGAAGACAAAAAGGAAAACAAAAAGGAAGACAAAAAGGACGAUAAAAAGGACGAUAAAAAGGACGAUAAAAAAGAGGAUAAAAAGGACGAUAAAAAGGAAGAUAAAAAGGAAGAUAGAAAAGAGGAUAAAAAGGACGAUAAAAAGGAGGACAAAAAGGAGGACAAAAAGGAGGACAAAAAGGAGGACAAAAACAAAUCAGAUAUACAAAUUAAAGAUGAUAAAAAUGAAGUUUCUAUAUUAGAUGAUAAUAUAAAAGACAAAGAGACAAAUUUGGAAAAAAAUAAUGAUAUAUUAAAUUUAAAAAAAAAUGAUGAUCAAAAUAUAUUAAAUAAUAACAGUAUUCAUAUAUCUAAAACAGAAAAUAAUAAUAAUGAUAUAAAAACAAAUUUAGAAACACAAAUAAAUAUAACAGAGGAUUGUCCUAUUUUUAAAAAUGAUGAUAAAAUUAUUGAUAAUCUUAAUUCAAACAAUUUAAAAAGUAACACCAUUUCUGAAAAUAGUAAAAAUGAAAUAUUACAUAAUGCAAAAAGUGAUGAAACAAAAGAUAAUAAUAAUAAUAAUAAUAAUAAUAAUAUAGAUAACUUGAAUAACCAUUUUGGUAGUAAUAUUAAUAUGAAUGUGCAGAAAGAUAAUUUAGUUACUCCAAAAAUCAAAAUGCAUUAUUCUGAACAACCAUAUAAUAUGAUGAACAGAGAAUCACUUGAAAACUUAGGAUGUGAUAAAAAAUUAAUAGCAUUAACAAAAAUAUUUGGAAAUGUUAUGGAUGAUAGUGAUAAUAAUAUGACAGAAAAGGAGCCUGUACAGAAACUUAAACUUUUCGAUUUGGAUACAUAUAAAAAUAUGUCAUUAGAUACAAUGUUAAAUAAUUUAAAUUUGGAUAAAGAUGUUCUAAAUAUAUUAAAAGAUAAAAUAAAUAAUAUCAAUAGAAAUAUAAAUGUUACUAUUUGUUCUACACCUAUGGAGAAACAAAUAGAUAAAAUUGAAAAAGAAGAUAUUAAUGCUCCUAAUUUAAUAAAUUGUUUUUCUGAAUUUAUUAACUGGUGUGAUAAUAAUCUUAUUCAAAUUAAAUUACAAUUAUAUAAUAUUGCUUUUUGUCUUUUAUUAGAAAUAUAUAUUUUAUUAUUAACUAUUAAUUAUGAAUAUAUAGAAAAUUUCAAAAACCAAUAUUUAAAAAAAUUUUCCGCCUACGAACCUGUAACAAAGUUCUUAUUAACGUGUGUUAGUUUAACACAAAUAUUUGAGAUAUCAUUAAUACGUUUCAAAAAGAAAAAUUCAAAACAUAUUGUGCACAUGACAAAAUUAGGCAAAAAAUCACUCUUACAAUACUUAAGUGUAUAUGAAGGUAUUCCUUUGUACAAUAUAAUUACAACCAAAAUAAAAAUUAUUGAAAUUGAUGAUACAAAAAGGAAUUUUAAUUUCUUCUAUGCAUUUGUUUCUUCAAAUUUUUUCUAUAACGUGAAAUUAACUUUUCCUGUGCAAUGGAAUUUACCUUCUAUAUAUUUAACUAACGAUGAAAUCGUAGAGGAUGAAAAUAAAAAAUCUCUAACGGAGAAAGAACAAAAUAAUUAUGUACCUAAUGAAAAUAAUGAUGCCUAUUAUUAUUAUAAACAUAUAUUAAAAACACAAGCAACUAAUAGAUUAAGAGUAACCAAAAAGAAUAUUCCAAGUAUACUUUAUUAUUGCUUAAACAAUUGUAAUGACCUGACAUGUGCAGAACUUUCUGGAUAUGACGGAUCUUUAAUUGCAACAGCACAUUCAAAUAACAUAAUAAAAUUAUGGAAUUUAAAAAAAUCCGAAAUGAAUAAAGUAAUGAAUGAGAAAAUAGAUAUAGAUGAAAUUAAUGAGUAUAUGGAUGACGUUAGAAAACAUGAAUCUUAUAUAAAUGGAAAGAAAAGCAUACCAUUAGAACUAGAUGAAUAUAACAAUAAGGGAGUAUCAAAAUUAUAUGGAAAUACAUUUAAUGUGUCUAGUUUGUCCUUUGGUGAAACAGAUAAAAUUUUAUUAUCUGGUAAUUUAAAUGGUGAUAUAUAUUUAUACAGCACAAUUAGUAAUAAAAAUUAUGUAAAAUAUGUAGGUGGACAUACACCAAUAUGGUCUAUAGACACACCCUUUUUAGGAUACUUCUUCUCAACUGCGGAAGAUGAUGGAAAUUUAAGAAUAUAUUCUACUAAUAAAACAUAUCCAUUCAUUACAUAUAAGUAUAAUUGUCCGGUUAAUGUAUGUAAAUAUCAUUAUAACAAUACGCUUGUAGCAUGUGGUUAUUAUGAUAAUUAUGUACAUUUAUACGAUGUUAGGAUUAAUUCAUUCAUAAAACGAUUUAAAAAUAAUUAUCCUAGCAAUCACGGUGUGACCUCUUUAAGCUUUUCAAAGAAUGGACGUUUUCUUUCAUAUGCAGGUGGAUAUACUAAUAACCUAAACCUAAUAGACUUGGCCAUGGACAAAUUUAUUGAAGUAGAACAAAAAGAAAAUAUAGGCAUUAACAUUAACUCAUUUGACGAAUUCAAAUAUGCAGAUAACAUUAGAAAGUCUAUUGAUGGAUAUUUAGAGAAUGAUCUUAUGAACAUUGAUGAAAGGAAAAAUGUAUCUGAAAUAAAAAAAGACGACUUUAGUUUUUAUGAAGAUAAAAUUCUAAAUAUCGAUUUUAGUUAUGACAACAAUUUAUUGGUUACUGCUUCUUGUAAUAAUAUUAUUGAUUUUUAUAAUUGUUCAAAAGCAUCACAAGAAAUUAAAAGUACCAUGGAUAAAAAACGAAUUAAAUUAAAUAAUACAAAAGAUAAAAAUAGAUAUGUUAAAUUAUCAAAAUCUUUUGGUGUGCACUAUUCGAAUUUAAUAUCAGCUAAAUUUACACCUGAAAAUGCUCUUCUCUUAUUUGGAAUUAAUACAUUAAUAUAG